GCGCAGAAAUUUUAAACUCUCGUCCUUCUUAGUAAUGGCGGCUUCGUUUCGUUCUCUCCCUGCAAGCAAUAAUAAUAAAUGGUACUUCACCAGGCAGGAGAUCGACAACAACCCCUCUCGGCGAGCUGGACUAGACCCCGACAAGGAGCUGUCGUACAGGCAACAGGCAGCGAACCUGAUCCAGGACAUGGGACAGCGGCUCAAUGUCUCCCAACUUACCAUUAACACAGCCAUCGUGUACAUGCAUCGCUUCUACAUGAUCCAGUCCUUCACCCGAUUUCACCGAAAUGUGAUUUCUCCUGCCGCACUUUUCCUCGCUGCAAAGGUUGAAGAGCAGCCCAGGAAGCUGGAACAUGUCAUUAAAGUGGCCCAUGCGUGUCUCAAUCCUCAGGAGCCGUCGCCCGAUGUGCGCAGCGAUGCUUACCUGACACAAGCCCAAGACCUGGUCAUUCUUGAGAGCAUAAUACUCCAGACCUUGGCUUUUGAAAUCACCAUUGAUCAUCCUCACACUCAUGUUGUCAAGUGCACUCAGCUCGUCAGAGGUUUUAUUGCAGCCAGCAAGGAUCUGGCCCAAACAUCCUACUUUAUGGCAACUAACAGUCUGCAUUUGACCACCUUCUGCCUGCAGUAUUGCCCCCCCGUCGUGGCCUGCGUGUGCAUACAUCUUGCAUGCAAGUGGUCCAACUGGGAGAUCCCCGUCUCCACUGAUGGCAAACACUGGUGGGAAUACGUUGAUCCCACGGUUACUUUGGAGCUUUUGGACGAACUCACGCAUGAGUUUCUGCAAAUCUUGGAGAAAACUCCUAGUCGGCUUAAACGGAUUCGGAACUGGAAGGCUGGAGGCCAGACCCCAAAGGUCAAGCCCAAGGUCCAGGAGGAAGGUGAACAGAGAGACGCCAUGAUCAGCAUGAUCUCCAUGGUCUCAUCAGAAAGUACUGUGGCAGGACUCAUGAGCCUCUCCGCUCCAUCGGGCUCCUCUUCCUCAUCUGCGGGCGACAAGGUCACACCUGGGAGCGCUCAGACGUGGAGCGGGAAAGGUGCGUCUGCAACUGAACUACCGCCCAACCACGAGGUCCACGCUCCUGCCAAAGUGUCACUGAGUGAGUACCGGGCCAAGAACGCAGAUGUACUAGCCGCCCAGAAGCGGAAGCUUGAGAACAUGGAGGACAGCGUCAAGAGAGAAUAUGCCAAUGCAGCGAAGGCUCUCAUCGGCCAACAGCAGAGGAAAGAGAAGCAGCAGCAUCACCACCAGCAGUCCAGCUUUUCUUCUGACAUGUCUAACCCCUCGCCCAUUAUUUUGAAAAUCCCCCUGGAAAAAGAGAGACACGACCGCUCUUUAAAAGUGCGUUAUCCAGUACCUGGGUCAGGAGGGGGCAGCGGUGGCGGACACGGCAGCGGCAGCAGUGCGCAAAGUGGCAGUGACCGAGGUCAGGAUGCAGACAUUAAAGUCAAAAUACGAGUGCCUGACAAACUAAAGACAGGCUCUGGGGAGGAUGGUAAGAGCAGGGACAAGCACAGGGAGCGCUCUAACCACCACCACUAUCACCAUUCCUCCAGCAGCGCUUCACUCUCGUCCUCCCACAAACAUUCUAGUACAAGUGGGGGCUUAGGAAGCAGUAAAAAAGUUCCCAAUGACUCUUCUAGAACAAGUUCUUCGUCAUCCUCAGCCUCACGGAAGAGGACGCACCUUCCAGACCCUGCAGCCGGCUCCCACCCGCCCCUCAAAGUCAGCAAGUCGUCCAGGAAUCCAUACCAACUACCGUCCCUGUCCGCUUCCUCUGGACAAACUUUGGGUCAUGGACCCGACCUGCUUCCUGCUUUGGGCCUUUCCCACCACCAAGGGGCGUACUCGCACUCCAAAAGUGACAAGACGGACACAAAUGGCCACAGUGCAGCGGGCGGGGUCCAGUCCAACGAGUACCAGGACACUUUUGACAUGUUAAACUCUCUACUGAGCGCUCAGGGCGUCCAGCCGGCACAGCCGUCCAUGUUCGAGUACCGCUCUCAGUACGGAGACUAUAGGUUCCCCGCUGGGUCCAGAGGGAACAACCCCAGACCCCCACCCCUACCUUCAGAACCCCCUCCCCCACUUCCUCCAUUACCCAAAUAGCCCACAUACUCACCGUCAGAAACGUCCACUUUGUUACAAAAAGUGUAUUGUACAAUGUUUCAAAUGUUGUUUUACUUUUUGGACUUUUCUACUCACCCAACAUCGUCGCAGGCUUCAGGGGGACAGCAGAGAAAUGUACCGGGGUGAAUUUUUUAAAUUAUGAUUUGCAUUUUAUUGGUGGUGCAAUAAUAUUUUAAGGAUUUCUUGAGGAAAAUCAAAAAGCAAACGUGUAGAUAUCUCUAUUUUCUUUGGAUAAACUCUGAUGGUGGGAGACAGUUUCAAAAUCCCGAGCCGUCUCCCAUCACUUUUAGGUCCUUUUUAAUCCACAUCUUUUUGUGAUGUUUUUAUUUUUUACGAUAAGUUAUUUAUUGACUCCUUUUAAAAAAACGUGUUGCUUUUUUUUUUAUCUUUCUAUGGCCCGCUCUGCUCUGUAAGUGCAGAAACGUCCUAAAAGUGUAUCGGCUCAUUUGAGAGUGCAUGUUUCCAAAGCCAUCUUCAGUUUUUAGUUUUCUUUCUUUCUUUCUUUCUUUAAAGAGCCAUAUAGAAAUGAUAGCCCUGGGCGUUCUGUUUUAUUUUAUGGACAUUAUUGGGUUAACAUGAAAACAAAACUGCAGUAUGUGUAAAAGAAUAUUUUUUGGACAUUUUGUUAUGGAAAAUUGCCAAAAAAAAAAUGGAAAUGUAAAGUAAGGAAAGCUUGUACAUUUAGUCUUUUUUAAGUGUUGCAGUCAUUGUUUUAAAUGGUUGUGAAAUAUCCAUAUUCAGUUCUCCUAUGAAUACACUUCAUACUAAGGACAUGCAUAGAACUCGUCAGAGGUUUAACAUAUCCACCCAUAAUGGUCAUGAUGAAGGACUUGUCAACAAGAUAAAUGGGGAAAACGUGACAAUAUAUUUCUGUUUCAUGAAAUGUAAAGGUUUUUGAUGAUACUUUUUAGCACAUAAUUUAAAGUGGUUGCUAUGUGCAUUCCUCAAAAACCUUUGCAUGCAUAAUAUAAUUGUGUAAAAUGAAAUUGUUGUUAAAAAUACCUCCAUUGCAGGACCCUGAGUAUAAUGAGAAAUGAAUGUUUUCUAUUUUGUAUAAGCGCUCAACAGUGGAAAAGUUCAAUUUGUUGACAAGAAAUCUGGUAUCUCCUGUACAUUUCACACAUGUAGCUUAUUAUGAAUUUUAGUCCACCUGCUCCUAACUGGUGUCUUUUUUUUUUUAUAAAAGUUUUUAUAAAAACAAAGCUGUUUGGAGUACAUCAAACCAGCCAAACUAAUGUAAGAUAUUGUUUUCCCUUGAUGAAUUAAAAGUGUGCUGAAAAAAGGUCUUUACUUGGGCAGUAAAGGUUUUUGGUUGUAACAGGGAAAUGGUGAAUGCACUGAAUUUUAAUUUUUUUUUUCCUGCUUAUGCAGUUGAAUUAAGUGUUACAUUUUCAUGGUUAAAAAUAGUGUGGAUUUCUGGUGCGUCCAUUUAAAACAUGCUUUAUUUUGAUCUAAGAAAUAAUACAUUCAAGUAUUAAGGAUACAUGAAAGCUAUUAAAACACGUUUUAUAGCAAAACCAUAUAACAAGCCCAAGACACGUGUGCAACCUAACAAUGCAAAAAUCACAAUUACAACAUCCUAAGUUAUGUUUUUUAAUGUCAGGUGUUUUUAUUGGCUCUCAGGUCUAGAAUUCAAUUUGUUUUCGUUAAAAAGGUAUAUGUGAACACUGAUCUUUUUUAUAUAUUGUGGUUGCUUUAUUCUGAAAGUCAAUAAAUAUAUUAAAUAUCAAAA